ACAAAAAUAUCGAUUCUCACGAUUCACUGGAGCGAAAACCUACAUCACGUUAUAAAGAAAACAGUCAAGGUAAACGGGUGGCAUGCUUGUAUAAACAUACGUCACAAGUGCGGAGCGGAAACACACAAGACAGAGAACCCAUCUGGUAGAAGUGUCCUCGGUGAGAAGAUGUUAAAACAGAUCCUAUUGCUGUUUGCCUGUCAGUCCCUGAUUCACACGCACAGUGACGCAGCAAUCCAAAAGGAUCCAGAAUGUGGAAACACCAAGGGAUGUUACAGCGGCUGUGCUGGGGGCUGUUACGAAGCUACAUGGAAAGAGGUCGGGGACGCCAUAGAAUUCACUCUCAAGGCUGAGGUUACCACUGAAACUUACAUGGCUAUUGGAUUCUCUGAGGAUAACAAGAUGGGCGGAGACAGUGUAAUCGGAUGCAGCGUGAACACUGCAGGGACUGUACAAGUCUAUAACACAUUCAACGCUGCAGGUGCCAAAUUCAACCAGCCCAUCACUAAUAAUAAACUUGGAAUCAGUGCUGAGUCGGGGUCGGUAUCAAACGGAUUGUUUUCAUGCAGUUUUACACGGAAGACCGUGUCAACCGACAACCAGAUCUACAAUCUAAAUAAUAACUACUACAUACUCAUGGCCAAAGGUCCGGCAGCAGGCACUGGUUUUGGCCGUCAUGAUCUGACCACCCUGCCGUUGGUGUCGGCUGAGACGGCAGAUUUCCAGUCGACAACUGACCUGACUGGCAGUGCCGUUAAUAUCCUGCUAAAACUUCACGGUUCUUUGAUGAUAUUUGCCUGGGUACUUCUGGCAAGUAUUGGAAUUGUCAUGGCCAGGUUCUACAAACCUGUCUGGUCCGAAAAGAAGAUGUUAGGGGAGGCUUACUGGUUCCAGAUUCACAGAAGUCUGAUGAUCCUAGCAACAUUAGCGGUCAUAGCAGGAAUCGUGAUUAUCUUCGUGGACGUUGGCAAGUGGAGCCAUCUGGAGGGUCAGGCAGACUGGAAGAGAGCUCAUCCUUACAUUGGUAUCGUUGUAGGAGCUGUUGUAAUCCUUAAUCCCCUUAUGGCCCUGUUUAGACCACACCCAGGCGAUAAGUACCGGUUCAUAUUUAACUGGGCCCAUUGGGCUGUAGGAACCAUAGGGCACCUCAUUGCUGUUUUGAAUAUUUUCAUCGGUGUGGAAUUACCGGCGACAAAGGCGCCAUCUUGGCUGAUAAUAGUACUAGCUGUGUACGCAGGAUAUCAGAUUCUGUUUGAGAUCUUCCUCGAGAUUUACGACAACUGCUGCACUGGAGGAUCGAACAAAGCCAGACUUCAUACAAGGGGUAAAAAAUCUGAGAUGUAUGAGCUUCAUGAAAAGUCUACCCCUGGCCAACAACAGCAGACCGAUACAGCUGUCAAGGAUCACGAUACCAAGAAAUAUAUCCUGGCUGUACAUGUCCUUCUCACCCUUGGAUUCGCUGCUACGCUCAUUGUUGUCGUCAUCAUCUCCUGAGGAGUUCACCGCCAUCUUUUCUAUUUAUGUACAUUGGUGCAUAGAUCCAUGUUUUAUAAGACCUUAUAGCAAACACAGUGUGCCUGGUUUCAAAUUGAUAGGACAUUUUUAAAUUUUUUUUUUUAUGAAACCUGUCUGAGCUAACCCCUGAGUAUUCUGAGACCCUUUGUAUUCUGACCUCGCCUGAGUUUCUCAGAUCCUCUGUACUCUGACUCAUUAGUAUUCUGAGAUCCUGUCUAAUCUGACCCCUGAGUAUUCAAAAAUCAUCGCAGAUCCAACAACACUAUUAUCCCAGCUGUUAUAAUGAUUAUUAUCAAACAGAUAAAACUGAUGAGCUCUGCCAACUGUCUUAUCUGACUAUUAUACUCCAUAUCUCACAGGAGGUCGGAUUAGCCGGGUUUCUCCAUAUCUCACAGGAGGUUGGAUUAGCAAGGUUUCUCCAUAUCUCACAGGAGGUCGGAUAAGCCAGAUUUCUCCAUAUCCCACAGUAGGUCGGAUUAGCCAGGUUUCUCCAUAUCUCACAUGAGGUCGGAUUAGCAAGGUUUCUCCAUAUCUCACAGGAGGUCGGAUUAACCAGGUUUCUCCAUAUCCCACAGGUCAGAUUAGCCUGGUUUCUCCAUAUCCCACAGGUCAGAUUAGCCAUGUUUCUCCAUAUCUCACAGGAGGUCAGAUUAGCCAGGUUUCUCCAUAUCUCACAGGAGGUCAGAUUAACCAGGUUUCUCCAUAUCUCACAGGUCGGAUUAACCAGGUUUCUUCAUAUCUCACAGGUCGGAUUAACCAAGUUUCACUAUAUACAGGAGCUCCACAGGUUUCCAGCUGACUCAAAUAUAGAACAAUGAUUGUAUAAUGAAAUAUGUAAGCUAUUCUCCAAAAACUAGCCGACAAUUGCAUUAGUGUGGCUAAAAAUUGUUAUAUAUUAUAGGUAGCUUAUUUUAUAACAUGUUGAUGGUUGUCUAAUUACGCAAGAGAAAAGAACAGAUGUGAUUCUAAUUAACAUUCCAUGUUGUGUAUAUAUAUAUAUAUAUAUAGUGAAAAAAUAGUUUGUUUCCAUGCGAAAGCGCUUGAAAGCCAGUCGUCAAGUUUUUUUUUAUUAUUAUAUCUAUAUAUAUAUAUAUAUAUUUAUCUAAGACGCCCUCCUCUUUUAUAUAUUUAUUAGUUCAUAGCAAUGAUCUGUAUUAUAAGCAGAUUGCAAUCAUCCUGUGAGAACUAGAAAACAUAUUUAUAUGUAACCCUGGUAAAUACUAGCCGCAAUAUACCGCUCAGCUAGGGAGAUCUUCUCUAUAGCUCAAAGGGUUGAGUGUAAGACUAGUGAGCCAGAGGUCCCGGGUUCGAUCCCUAGCGGAGGCAGUGAUUUAAAUUAAAUUAAUCCUACCCUCUGUUACAUAUAUACUAAUGUUAAUAACCAAGAUAUAUAUAUAGGUGUGUCUGAAUAGGAAAUUAGAUUUAUAAUUGUGUAAUAUUCAUAGAAGUCAUGCUUAAUUUUAUGUAGUGUUUUGUGUUGUGUAAAAACAAUUACAUGUAUCUGUUUUUCAUUUAUUUUGUGAAUUUUCAAAAAUGUGUAAUGUAAGCCACAUGAAAAAUGAUAUAAGUGACUGUUGGAUAUUUUUUGUAUUAAUUAUUAUUUGGAUUUACCUUAUACUGGCUGAUCCUAAUGAAUAUAUUUUUAACAUGAAAUUACCCAUGUUUUCAUAAUUUUAUAUCUAGAAAUUACUGAUUAAUCCAUUCCAUAAUUUUUUUAUAUCUUUAACAUCGAAAAGUAUUCUCUGAUAUCCCAGUAAAUUACAACACUGAAUUUUAUGGAAGAAAAUUGUUUAUUUCUAAAACAAAUUCUCAAAAAUUGUUAUUUUUACAGAAAAUGUUCUGUACAUUUUUGCCUUUGAUUUCUGUUGAAAAUAGUUUAAAAUGUAUAUUUUAAAAAAAUUUUUUUUUACUAACAUUGCUUUUUUCUAUAUAGCCAAAGAAUUAGUUCUUAUCAAUUUAAAAGUAUUUUAUGAGGUAUGAAAAUAAAAAUCUGUAUUUAUAUUCAAAAUGAGAUGUUUGCAUUAAUAUCACACAGAAUAUUGUGUUCAAUAUUCAGUUUCAUUUGACUGGUUGAUGAAUUUUCAUAACUUGUAAAUAAAUUUGCUUGAAAUUUUUUUUCGAAAAUAUUUUAUAUGCUAGAAAUACUGAUUCUUAUGACACGGUUGUGUUCUUUCAUAUGUUUAAACAAUGCAUUUUUCUUAUAAUGGAAGGAAUGAAAUUUACAUAACAUGAUAUUAUUACAAAGCUCAACAGUACCUGUCUAAUCUAUCAGAGUUGCUUCCCCUUUGUACAGAUGGUAUAGUGCUGGCACCUGUUAGAACUCAUAUAUUGUUUGUAAAGCCUUUUUUCUAAAUAUUUUUGCAAAUUAUUUUUAAGUCAUUUUUGACUACUUGAUCUCUCCUUGUACUUUCUCUUAUAGAAACUAAUGUUGUUUACUGUUGUGACAUAGAAAUGCAUUGUACAGGGUGUCAACAAUUUAUUUACAUGAAUCUUAUUUGAAAUUUAUUUCGUUGAAGAUUUGUUGUUGGUUUUGGAAAUAUUUUAUCAAAUUUGUUUAACAAAUAUGCUGUAAUUUGUUUAAUUGAAAUCGUUUAAUGUGUUGUGAUCACAAUAUGGUAUUCCCUAAAAUGUUGUUAUGCAGGGUCACAAGGACUCUCAGAUGUAAAACUGCAUGGGAGUCUCGUUUUAAAAUCUAGGAGUCCCAUGACAUUUUGAAAUUGACAAGAUCAUGGUUAGUUAGUUCCAGCAUCUAAGUUGGUCAUCAGGUAUAAUAAAGUUAAAUUAAAUAAUAAAAUACAAACCCAAUAAAAUACUAGUGUCAAUUGAAAUCAACUGUUAUUUCUUCAUUGUAUGGCAGAUUUUGGAAUAAAAUUCAUCUCAAGGAUCCGCAGACAUUUAAUUGGGGAGUCCUUUAUGUUUUUUUCUGCAUCUAAGAUGCAGGAAACCUGCGUCAGGGAUAGCCCUAAAUAUGAUGUUAGGAUUCAGAUUUGUAAAUGAAACUUGAUAGUGAAAUGUUAACUACAUGAUCGACACAAAUCCUGAAAAUGUAAUGAAAUUGAUUAUUGAUAGCAUUACAAACUGUAGCGUGACUGUAGUUAAUUAUACUCCAAUUUGAAUGUAUUGGCACUUAUAAACUUAAGUAGAAACAAAAAUUUUUGAGGAAUAACACACAGUAAAUAAAACAAUCUGUUUCUGUUUGUUUUAGCUGAAAGUGUAUAAUUAUAUGAAAUAAAAAAGGACAACUUUCCGUUUUUAUAUAUGUGAUUUUGAAGCAUAAUUUAUAGAAACAAAUACUAUUCUAUCUCAGUUCAACAGUUGCAAUAAAAUAAAUAAUCACAAUACACAUUUCCCCACAAAUCUAAAUUUGUGAUAUAAUUAUUCCUUAAUUAAAUUAAUUAUAUGCUGAAAUUCUAGAAAAUCACAAUAGAUAAUGUUUGGUGUUAUUAGAAAUAUCAGAAGGUAAGUUCGAAUUUUAAAAGAUUCUUUAGAUACGAUAUCAUAUUAAAAAUGAAUACAAUAUGGAAAAUAAAAUGUGGAUUAUCUCCCUUAUAUCAGUACUUAUCCUUUAUCUACAGUUCGAUAUCACCUCUUACAAGAUAUUAUGCAAUGGUUCAAAAUGUCAGUAUAUGAAAAUAAAAAUAAUCUCUUUUCUAUUGUAAUCAAAUAAGAUAUUGCAAGUUAUCUUAAAAAUAUUUUUGGAAGGUUCUGUAGAAUAUGUCUAUAGAUCUACAGAUCAAUAUCUCUAGCAUUUUUCAGAGUGAAAUUUUUGCUAUGAAUUGUUGUUAUCUGUAAAAAAAUAUCUCAUUUUAUUUAAGCGUAACUUUUGAAUUUGUUUGUGUAUAUUGUCAUUAUAUGUUAAAAUGUAACAAUGCUGUUUAUUUUUCCACGCGGUAUUUUUAUCCUGUCCGAUAAAUAGUGCAGAUUUGCAUGUGUGUACAUUAACGUACGUACAAAAUAUGUAUUUAAUAGGAAGAGAAAGUGUAAAUCUAGAGAAUAAUAAUAAAAGAAAAUACAUCAGC